CAUUUCCAUAUUAUGAGUUUGCUUGUUUUGCGUUUUUAUUCAACUUACCCUGUACAACUGUCAUUUAUAGAAACGUAAAAAACAAACAAACAACAGCUUCACCUUUUUUCACCGUGCACUUUCAUUAAUGGCUAAAAAAGUACGAUCAGCAGCGUCGUAAUUGCAUUUGUGUGAAUUAAUCCCAUCUUUCACCAUUAUGGGUACACCAAUCUAGAGCACGAAUGGCCGUUUUCGCUUACCUGGUUCUUAGUAUUAGCGACGACUUGCUUGCUUACAGCAGUGCCCUAGUUGAAUGUCGCGGUGGUUCGUGGACGGAAUGCAAAUCCCAGUUGGCUUCGACUCGUAACCAGCGCCAGUUUGAAGCUCUUUUGAAGCGUUACUAUCCCAACACUACCGCCGCCAGUGAUUGUUCAUCUUCGUCUAAUCUGCACGUUUACCGUUGUUGUGAUCUUAGUUCUACGCAACCUACCGGGACGACCGAGAUGUCGACGGAGUCGAUAGAUAGUUGUGAUUUUGCUUACCAUGAAGUUUCAUCACCAGGUUCGAUCAGUUUGGACAAGAGUUCAUCGAUUGAAGUUGUGCAUAUGGUCGAAAACAUUACGGAAGUGUCGCCAGGAUUGUGUUUCGUCAUUACUGGUGCCAUUCAGCUUACCUGCGAGCGGUUCUCCAUAAAUUUGUUGCUAAAAAAUGGUGACGUUGCGCUGCACUUCAACCCGCGUCUACCCCAGAAUUACAUCGUGCGCAAUUGUCGCGUAAAGGGAUGCUGGGGACGCGAGGAGGUAGCGUCUCCACUUUCGUUUAAUUUACACCGUGGCCAACGUUUUACUGUACAGGUGCUGGUGACAGACAAAGAGUUUCUUAUUUGUGUUAAUGGGAGACACUUCAAUGCGUUCCGACAUCGGCUGCCUUAUAGGAAGAUUUGUACCCUUGAGGUGAAGGGUGAUGUUCGCGAGGUGGCCGUAGACCAGUGUUACAUGGAGUGCUACCCACAGCUGGAACUUGAGCUUGUCCGCCAAUUGUCAACGGAUACUAUAGCAUCGUCAAAGUUAAGUUUGCCCCGUUCGCUACCGGAAGUGGAUGAAAAACCGAUGCCUUACACCGGUGUUCUGCAGGCACCAUUCACCGACGGAUAUAAGCUGCAUCUUUAUGGACGCGUCAAACUGUUGCCCCACUCGUUCUACGUCAACUUGCAGAGUAGCGCGUAUGUUUGGCCACAUCCAAACAUUCUGUUUCAUCUGAACCCACGCUUUGGUAGCGUCGGUGGGCGACACGUAAUUUGCCGAAACUCAUGGCUAAAUGGAAAAUGGGAUCGAGAAGAGCGGUCGGAGAACAUGACAGAUUUUGCACCCGGUAAAGCGUUCCAUCUUCAGAUUGCCUGUACGGACGUUAGCUAUCAGGUUUCGCUGAACGACAAAAUGAUCGCGGAAUUUGUGUACCGUGAUAAUCCGCGACUGGUUGAAGCGGUUUACAUUCAAGGCGAUAUCAAGGUGUUCGAUGUUGUUGUGGAAACUGCGUACUAGGGUGAACGAACAAGAAGGGAUAGCCUGACUUUUAUUAGCCACAGACUGAAGGUGUGUGUACUACUCGAAAAGGGGCUAAUCCAAUCAGAAUGCUCAAUAAUCUAGCGAGCGGCAUAGUCAAACUACUAUAGGUUACUGCAGGCUGUUUAGUACUGCAUGCUUAUAAACACUCCAAAGUGGAACCAAUGUAUUGAGACAGGAAAUCUAUUAGCUUGUCGUUUUGUUUUUAAACAUUGUUGCCAAUGUAUUUACCAUUGUUGUCUGUUUAAAUAGUUGCUUUCAUUGAAUAAAACAGUUCUAUGCUCAAUUUAUAAUUCCUUUGGGACUCGUGGCACAGAUAGCCAUGUGGGUUAUCAAUGUAGUACUUCAUAUACAGGCCGUUAUCAGGAUCAGAGAGAGAAAGAGAAAAAGUCUCUUACUGAAUCAUUGUUUUGUUUUUUUUUUACCGCAAGCCAUGGUUUCUCUUUUCACGCAAUUAUUUUCCUAUUGAAGCGCAAUUAGAAUUGAAUUUACAAAUUAGUCAAUGCAGUGACCUGUAUCCGAUCCAUCUAACAAGGAGAACAAAAGAUACGGAGAUGAACUUUUGAAAACUGUGGCACCGAAGUGGGAAUAUGGGACAAGAAAACAAUUCUUACUAAGCAGUAAGUUCACCUAGACUGGCGGACCAGAUAUCUAAUGGUAUUACAAGAUCAAAGUAACUGCAUUCUAUGAGGUUACUUCACUGCAUGCACACACAAGAAUGUUCUCUUCCGCGACGCGCUCAGCAGAACCUUGCUGGAAUACUUUCUGUAUUCAAUGCAUUGACCAUGCACAGACAAAACGAAUUGCCAACGAAUUGAAAUCCAGUAGUUAAUAGAAAUUUACUAUUGAUAAUAAGCAAUAAACAGCUGCUUCAUUGUGAUUCAGACUAAAAGCAAAUUUCAAUAAAUCAAUAAAUGGUGAUGGAGCGUCGUUUGAUGUAGG